UGAGUAUGGCUAACUUAUUCGAGCUGAUGAGCGAUACACAGCGGUCCUGUGAAGCAGAGAUAAAGAAAUGCAGCGUAAUUUUACGUAGAACAUGUGCUAUCAGAGAAUCUGUGGACAGAGCGUCAGCAGAGCACACAGAAGCAGUGGGUACGGAGAAAGGUGUGUCUACUUCGAGGGAGUUCUCUGUGACUUCUCAGUGGAACAACCUUAGACUUGAUGAUGCUCGGACUCGCAGUGACCCUAUGGAACAUAUUGGGGCCAACUCUGAAGAACUGACAUGGACCGAAGGACCUCAACGGGUUAGUUCUUUCACUAUCCCAAAGAAAAGGCGUGAAAACAAAGAUUUGUUAGUGGAUCUCCCUUUGACCUCGAGAGAAUGUCAAAAGGAAGUACUACCAACUUUAGUGGAGAGUUAUCAACAUCCAUCAUCACAGGGUGCAUUUUCUUACACCGAAGUAAAGUCUGUCAACAACAAAGGUCUUCUAAACAAGUUUCUAGAGAAGAGACGUGAGCUGCGUCAGAUGGGAUAUUCAGACAAAGAACUGUUGGACAGCUAUGCUUUCCUGUAUGCUCGAACAGCUAAAGAGGUGGAGACAAUCUGUCGGAAUGGGGUUCAUGUGGGAAACAGCUGCGUGUCAUGCUUGGGGCAUCCAGAGAUGGGUGUUCAGCUAUGCAGAUAUUCAGAUGUCUUGAAGCAGGAACCUUUUCAGUACAGUCAAACUGGUCACAUCAUCAUCUUUAAAGUCAUGAAGGGAAAGAUAAAAACUGUGACAGAAAAUAGGAGUAGUGUUUACCUGGAGCCAACACCUAAUUAUGACUGCCACAUAUCAAAGUCAAUCUUGACAGAAAGCACUACAGUCUCACCAGGAAGAGAAUAUGAAUCUACACAGAUCUACUUGUAUGAGUAUGGUGAUUUGGAAGUACUCCCCUGUCCUAGACACAUUUGUCCUGUGUUUGUGGCUAAGUUCACCUACAUAAGAAGAGAACUCAAACACAGUAGCAAGUACAUGUAUGUAACUCCAUCAACUCGAUCAGCUAUUUGCCAUUCAGCCUCCAGUCGAAUGUCUGGUUCUCAGGUCCAAACAACAACUACUACAACCAGUAUUUCGAGCCUACCAUCUCCAUGUGGCCCUACCAUUUCUAGCGGUAUCCCUUCCAGUUGCAUUUCCACCUGGACACCGCAGCCAGCAACCACAAAGGGUGAUGAGAAUGGCACAGUCGUGUGGAAUGGGAAGCUGUGUCUGAUGGGUGACCUUCAUUGUCUGGUUGACCUUGUGUCCAGGUCAUCAAAUCUCAAGCCUGCUCAUCUUGGAACAGCCAUUGACAUUAGGAUGAGGAUGAAGAGGGACACUGCAAGAGCCAAGUUUUUAAGCCAAGUGAAAUCCCUAAGGAGAAAUGCAGAUGUAUUCACCAACAGUCAAUAUUACUCUGUGUGCCAUCUGAAGCCUACGGCAGAUAACUUCAUUUCAAGAUUCCAAGCUGUGGUUAAAUAUCUCUGCAAAAUGGACUCGGUAGGAGUGUUACAUGAUGGAGCCAUGAAUUUACUCCUAAUAAUGCCAGCAGGAAAACUUACAGAGGAACUAGGCCUUUUCCAGGAUGGUGACGCAAACUUACAGUUGUGUUGUGUAUUCAUAUCCCCAAAGCCUAGGAGACAAGUUCUAAGAAACAUCCGUGCUGAAAGAUCUAUUGGGCACUUGCAAGCAUCUGAAAAUAUUGCUGUUACACAAGAUCUUCCACCUGCUCAGAUGAUUCGGCAUCUGGUGUCAUGGUGCCCUGGGGAAGAGAAAGGUACUAAAGUACAGAACUUGUCGCUUCCGGAUUAUGAUCGAGGUUUUCAAACCACUUUUCCCCAGAACUCUCUGAUCAGCAGGCCUUUGCUACAUGACCUGUUUGUGGAGCAAAUCCUGAUACAGCGUCAGCACAACAGUGUAACAGGUGUGCUGCAUGUGCCCAGUAAACUCUAUGGUGAAAAGUCAAAUAUUGGAUCUGUUGUCAAGCCAAAAAUGAACACUCCAAAGGUUUGUAUGCCUGAAGUUACAGCAGGUGUUUGGAACAAGAAAACAGUGUUACAUGAGGAAGAAGUUUCCAAACAAAAAGUUUGUGAUAGUGGCUCCAUAGUUUGUAUUGACUUUAACGGUCCAUCCUGUGAAAUGUCUCCAACAAUGAUAUCCCCGGACACAACUUUUCCAGAUCAUGAUCCCAAGGUCAAUCCCUUAGGAACUCUGAAGGUCAUAGAGCAUACCCUAGAAGAUACGGUAUCAAGUACUGUUUCUGAUUUGAAUACAAGUGUAUCUCCAGACACGCUCACAGAUGAACUUGCAGAGCAAAUAGUCAGGGGUUAUCGUCCAAGUUCCCAUCGUGUAAAUGCAGACCACAAAAAAGUCAAUUUACGAGAUCCAAGGAAAAGAAAACUUCUAGAAACACUGACAAAAGUUGCCAGCGGGCAACAUAGUGCUAUGGAAACCGACACAGCCAAGAAAUCAUGUUACAAUCAGGGGCAUGUUGAGUUGAAUUCAAAGAAAGACACGUUACUUCCAGUGACUUCAUCAGUUUCAGCCAUGGAAAACACUCCCUCAGUUAGUGAUACUGACCUUGCUUCCUUUUCACCUGAACCUUCUGAUGGUAAACAGGAAAACAGUGCCUAUGAAAUCAAUAUUGUGAAAAAGAUUCCCUCUGAACAGUUAGUCCAGAAGACAUCUUUGGCAAGUGAUCAAACACAAAAAAAGCAGGUUGAGCCAGAUAUUGUGAUCACAGCUCUAGGCAUGAAACAACUCCUAGACAGUGAUUUGGAAGACCCAAGUCUCAAAGUUAAUGACGGCUCUGAAGAUGAAUUUGAGGAACCUACACCAGAAGAAAUUUCAGAUGCUCUUGACAGACGACUUUUGAUGGAUUCAUUAAAGCAAUCAAUUAAAAGCUCCAAAACCAGUGGACCGAUAUUGAUAACACCUGGACUUCGUGUCACAAUCAAGAAGAAAGCUGACAGUUCAGUCAUAUCAUCAGCAACGGACAUGAAAUCUUUCCUUAACUUGAAUGUAUCCUGUGUUGAUUCAGUGGAGACUCCCACUGGGUUAAGGGAAGUUCCUGGUGGAAUCGCUAAGGCAGUUUCUGCUGCACAAGACCAAUCCAAACCACCAUUGUUUGUUCAGGGAACACCCAUUAAACCUAAAGGAGACACUGUUAAUAUAAUCAGGACAGAAGACUCUCCAGUAGGCGUCCUAAGAGAUGAAUCAAAAUUAAAGGCAAGUGCCAAAAGCCCAGUGCUGUGGAAGGACAAAACCUUUUGUCUUGAACUUUUGAAAAAACCUACUCCAAAAGAAGUCAUCCAAGAAGAUUGCCUUCAAGCCAAUAAACAAAGUCCUUACACCUCUAAUUUAUCCAAGAAUGAUGCUCAUGGUCUGAGUGAUUCCACAGGUGAAGGUGCACCAAAUUACAGGAUUUCUUCAUUGGAAACUUGCGGAGUGAAGGGAGCUGCAGCCUUGUUCAAAAAAGGCUCUGAUGAGGCCACCCAGAAGAACAGCCAGUACUGUUACCUCUGUAUACCCCUUCCCCAGCGACCUCCUAUCAGUCAUCUGUUCCCAGGCAGUAGCUGCUCCAAGACUAUUCCUGCAGGCUUCUUCAGUGAUGCCCAAUGCCUCAUAACCAUGCCUAAAAGCAGUGGCCGUGCUGUGUUUGAAGAAGAUGUUGUGAUUUCUGAUUUGGCUGGCAACUUGAAGGCAAAUGACUUACUUGUAUUUCUCACAAAUGUGGCACAGAAAUACAACCACUUUGUUGGUGACUAUCUCAAACAGGCUGGGCUCGAUGAAAUUUUACUGGAUUCUGGACGUAUUACUCCUCGAAAAAUAUCUGUUGGCAUUCUUUAUCCAGACAUGACUGUAACAGUGCCAAAUGGUAGUCAAGGAGAGGAUGACCUAAAAGUCUGUGUUUUUGAAGUUCUCCACGGCAGGAACAGCGUACCGCCACUUGAUGACAAGAAAAUGGGGGUCUCUGAUUUCGUUAAUUCUGUGAUCCACACCAGAGGACUUCCAGACACCAGUGACAGACAUAUAGAGUUGACUGAGAAGAUCUCGCUGGAAAAAUGUCGGUUCACAGAAGGAUAAGUCUUGCAAG